AUGGGCACUCUAGUGGGACAUGUAGCACCUGGAUUUGGUUUCUUUUUCAUAGGGCUAUGGCACCUCCUUAAUCACGUCAAACUUCAUGCACUAAACCCAAAAUCCUACACGUCUUUGCCAUGGUUUCCCACUUCAAAAUUCAAGUAUUUUGAGCUCUACUUGAUCAUGGUAGCGUGCACUAUGUCCAUAUCCAUGGAGCUUUUUAUCGGGCCGGACCGUCACCAACCCCUCGACCCCGAUGGAACCAUACCUUCUAACCAUCUCCACAACUUUGAACAUUCUAAUAUUUCCAUGACCUUUUUCAUGUAUGCUUUCUUCUCAAUUCUACUAGAUAAAUUUGCACCACCAGCCCAAUAUGGGCUCACCAAUUUUCUUGCUACAGUCGCCUUUGGCCAACAACUUCUCCUCUUCCACCUCCACUCCGCGGAUCAUAUGGGUGUUGAGGGUCAAUACCAUUGGCUACUUCAAAUUGUAAUUUUCAUUUCACUUGUCACUACCCUUUUGGGCAUUAAGUACCCAAAGAGUUUCUUGAAUAGCUUUGUGAGGUCUAUUAGUAUUUUGUUCCAAGGAGUUUGGCUUAUGGUCAUGGGAUUCAUGCUUUGGACCCCGGAAUUGAUACCUAAGAAUUGCUUCAUGAAUUUGGAGGAAGGUCACAGAGUGGUCCGAUGCCACGGGGAAGAAGCCCUAGAACGUGCCAAAUCCCUAGUGAAUAUUCAAUUCAGCUGGUAUAUUGUAGGUGUUACAAUUUUCGCGGUCUCACUUUACUUGAUUAUAAUAAAAUUAUGUCAUGAAAAGGCUGACUACCAAUCCAUCAUGAGAUUCGAAGAACAACAAGAAGAGAAUGAUGAUGUCGAGGCACAAAAGAAAAGCAAACCCGACGAGACGAAAAGUUUUCUCCCUAUGGGAAAUUCAUUUAUUGCUAUGGAUAUAGAAAGGUAG